ACCUAUUUUGUUUUAAAUGCGGAAGUGCGAAAUUUGAAAAUUGGAAAGAUUUUGAUCAGUUUUAUCAUCCACUUGGAAUCGCCAAGUGUCGAAAUCGUUAUUGUGUUGAUCGAGUGACUGUAUGAUGACAAAGUUGUAUCGAUUCUUUGAAGUGCUAAACAUUUGAAAAAAGUUCUUUUUUGUUUCCGGCCGUGCGUUAGGGUUACCAUUUCAGAGAUGGUUUCGAACCGCUUUCGUUGACCGCUGCUAACUGUUGUGUUGUGAAAUCAGUUGUGCGAUCAGGAAUAAGUUGUGUCGCGAAAAUUAAGUGCAAACAUGGAACAGGAAUUGUUUUUGGAGCAAUCUUCUCUGGGAGAACCUAGGCCUGGUUCAAGUGGGCCGCACAUCAAUCAGUUCCCGAACGAGAUACUGGACGAGAUUUUCGCUUUUCUCACUUUGAAGGAUCGCAAGUCUGUUUCACUGGUUUGCCAUCGCUGGAACAAGUUGGCAUUUGCUCCACUCUACAUGCGCGAAGUGCUGCUCAACAUGGUUCGUUAUAAUUACAAAGAAAGUGACUUCGAGGUGCUGAAGAAAAGUGAACGAAUCUACAAAAACAUACGGUGCAGUAAAUUCUCCAUAAAUCAUUUACUGUUUCUUGGGCCAAAUUUAGAAAGUGUCAGUUGCAAGGACGGUCUGUACAAAUGUCAGUUGAGACCGAUUCUUCAAUGUUCCCCAAAGCUGCGCGAGCUGAAGGUUUCUUUGCGUCAAAGUGACAAAAUUGAUAACGAUACGAUGCCGGUGAUGGAACAGUUAACUAGUUUGCGUCUAAAUGCCAAUAAGUGGAGUAUUAAAGGAUUCGAAAUAUCGGAAAUAUUUCCCAAAGUUACCAGGAUGGAUAUAUGUAUUUCGUGUGAAGGUGAAUAUACUACUUUGCUGAAAGUGUUGCCACAUUUUGGGCCGCAGUUGCAGUGUUUGCAAAUCAGCGGUGAUUUUUCCUUACGUGGCAUCCCGUUCAAUCAGAUGCCUUUUCCUCAGCUGGAGUCAUUUAUUUUGUCCGAUUAUUCCCGCGAAUCAGAAACAGAGAUGGAAUUUGACACGUUUAGGAAUUUUUUCGUGCAACUUACCAAUUUGAGAUCUUUUGAUAUGAUACCACCCAUUCUUGAUGAGUACCUCCAAGAAAUCACAUACAACUGCAAGAAACUUCAAGAGCUACGCAUUAAUGUCAAUUUUCUCCGAGAUUCCGCCUUCGCUUCCCUUGCACAGUUGGCCCACUUGAAAACCCUUUCCAUUGACGGAGAGCUUCACGAAGACGUGUUGAUACAGUGCUCCAAACCUAUCAACACCAUUCGGAACCUGGAAUUGCGAGACUUGUGGGGCAGUUUGGAUCUUCUACCGUAUGUUAUACCGAAUGCCGUUAACAUAAUACUCCCAAUUUAUGCCGAUGGUUUAUUUGAGCUGGUUUCCAGUUUUCCCAACUUGAAACGGUUAAGUAUUUCUGAUGUCCACGGUGACUUUCAAACGAGUGACCUCGAAGUCUUUGUGAGUCUGGAGGAGCUAAUUUUAGAUAUACCACGUGAUUUCUAUGAAAUCUUCGAUCGCUUACCGGGGAAUCCGUCGCUCAAGAGGUUGCGCAUCUUCUAUUCGGGAAAUUCCAAGAUCAAAAAAACAUUGGACAAUGAUAUUCUGCGAUUGCUGCAAAGACUGCCGGCGCUGCGCUUCUUAGAGUUGGACUUGGGAUUUCGAAUUACCGAGGACGGGUUUCGUCGGAUCCGGCAGGAGUUUAACCAGUGUGUGAUUCAGCAGCGGAUAAGGAAGAACUCAUUGCUCUUUGCGGGAGGGUUUUAUGAUCGAUUUUACUUUUAAGGUUCUUUUCAAAAAGGUUUU